AGGCGGGCGGCGGCGGGGGUCGGACGUCGUCGUCGGGAUCAGUCGCCAGCGCCGGCGUGAACGGGCCGCCGAGCAGCAGCGACGGCCUUUGUCUGACGAGCGAGGGGCCGUACAGCGGCGCCUACCGCCCCAUCACUGACAGCACGGAUGACAACGGCAGCACGGGUGGCGGUAGCUGCGGGGGCAGCAGCGGAGGCUGCAGUGGCAGUCCAGGCGGCAAACCAGGCGCUGAGGCGGAGGCGGCACCGACCACCGCCACCACCGCCACCACCGCAGCACCCAAUGCUGCCUCUGCUCCUGCUGCUGCUGCGGAAUUGGACCCGAGCGCUGGGAUCAGCAAGAGCGAGUGCGAGGUGGCCGUGUCAAGCCCAGCUGCUGCUGCCCCUGCUCCUGCUGCUGCUGCCCAUGGGAGGAUUGCCUGCUCCAGCCCGCUGCUGUCCGCGCUGCUCGGCAAAGGAGCGCGGGAGGACGUCCUCGCCGUCACCCAGUCGCUGCGUGCGCUGCUUCCGGAGCUGCUGGGCCCGCAGCUGGCCUGCCGAGCUGGUGGUGCCGGAGGGGGCGAGGAGGAGGGGUUGGCGGGGCAGCGGCUGCUGCUGCAGCUUGAAGACCAGGUGCUACGCUUACCUUGGCCGCCCAGUCCCAGCCUGCCCUCCAAGCCUGAGCCGCCGCAGUCCUCAUCGCUCCAGGUGCAACCGAGCAGCGGCAGCAGCAGCAGCACCACCCGCAGCACCCACAGC